UAAAUUAGGUAGGUCAUGCUUAAGCGGGCGGCAGGCAACCUGAGGCUGAAUGCGGCCUUCGACCAUAAGUUGGAUGCCUCUCGCCCGUUCGAUGGAUGAGCCUGAGGUAAAGUACAUAAUUAUUUACCUGACUAGAACCGCGUCGGUCUCACAGUUCGACGCACUGGAAACCAUCCGUCGUUUCGACCCGAGAGUCGACAAUGGACGGUCCGCCUCCCAAUAUUUACAUCAUCGGCGCCCAGUGCACCGGAAAGACCACGCUUGUCAAUCAUCUCCGCGCCCAUUUCGCUAAUCGCAACCCAGUCCCCGACGGUGGACCGCCGGCACUGAUCAGCGAAGUGGCCCGCACCGUGCUAAAGGCCCAUCACUUCACGGCCCGAGACGUUCGCAUCCCUUCCCGCAGUCUCGUUCUGCAGCGGUUCAUUCUCCAGGCACAAGCCGCAGCCGAGCGGGAUGCAUUGGAGAGCGGAGGACCCAGGAAGAGGUGGUUCAUUUCGGACCGCUCAGGUGCUGACCCCAUUGCGUACUCUAUGCGGUACGUUGGGCAUGAAGCUGCUCGAGCGCUGGCCAAAACAGAAGAAUGGGUGGAACUGAAGGAGAGGAUGCGGCAAUCAGUAGUGGUAAUCUGCGAGGCUGGGAAGGGGGUGGCGGGGUGGUUGAAGGAUGACGGAGUAAGGCUGAUGCCCGUGGACUUGGAGGAAUGGGCCGGGUUUCACAGGACGUUUUGCGAGUUCCUGGACGGGGAGGGCGUGAGGUAUGAGGUUCUUACUGCAGACAUUUCUGCACACGAGGAGAGGGUUGAUUUCGUUUUGAAAAGAUGGGAAGAGUGCUGGAGGAAGAGAUCACGAUCGUGAUAACUACCAGCCUGACGAGAGAGAGCUAGUUAUUAACCCGCCUUUUAAUAUCACUUGUUCUAUCUCCUCUCUU